AUGAAGAUAAAGUUGAGUGCAUCAAAACCUUGUAUCCUUAUUGCAUCUUUGUUUACAGCCGUCCUUCUCUUCAAACCAAGUCUUUGUGCUGCAUGCAUUGAAACCGAAAAACAAGCACUCUUAACCUUCAAACACUCUUUACAUGAUCCCUCAAAUAAGUUAUCUUCUUGGGAUGACAAAGUUAAUUGCUGCUGGUGGAAAGGUGUUCUCUGCAGCAGCAGCUUAACUGGCCAUGUUGAAGGACUUCAACUUCAAAGUGGCUUAAAUGGCACACUGAGCUCAUCUUUGCUUGACCUGAAGCAUUUGAGAUAUCUCGACCUCAGCCAAAACAAUUUCCUCCAACCAAUCCCUUCCUUCAUUGGAUCACUCGCUAGCCUCGAGUAUUUGAAUUUAUCUCACGCCGAAUUUUACGGAAAGAUUCCAUAUAGCAUUGGAAAUCUUUCUAAGCUGCACACUCUAAGUUUAGAGGAGACUCGUUCCACACCAUCACCAUUACAAGUGGAUAGCCUGGAAUGGUUGUGGGGGCUUUCUAAUCUAAAGCAUCUCAAUUUGAAUGGGGUGAAUCUCAGCCAAGCGCGCGACUGGGAAAAACAGGUCAUCCAUAAACUCCCUUCUUUAAUCCACCUUCAUUUAAGUUCUUGCAUUCUUAGCGAUUCUGCACGUUUGUCGAACGAUGUCAAUAUCAGCCGUUCGAAUUUAGGCACUCUUGAUCUCUCCUCAAACUCCUUUGCCACCAUCCCAGAAUGGAUUUUCCAACUCACCAAUCUUAAUUUUCUUGAUUUGAGUGUCAACUCGUUCGGAGGUCCAAUCCCGACAAAUGCCAAUUUCACAAGACUCCAACACAUUAAUCUCUCAGAAAAUCAUUUCAAUUCCACCAUUCCAGACUGGCUCUACACUUGUGAAAACAUUGAGUUUGUCGAUUUGGGAUCGAAUAAUUUACAGGGGAAUAUUUCCAGUGCCAUAUCGAAUUUAACCUCUCUCGCCACCCUCGUUUUAUCCCACAACGAACUUUCUGGAGAAAUACCGAGAGAAAUCGGCAGCCUGUGCAAAAUGCAAAGGCUGGACCUAUCUUACAAUAAGUUGGGAGGAGAUAUAUCCGAUUCAUCAUUUGCAAAAUGCAAAGGCAGUUUGGAAUUUCUGGAUUUGAGUAUGAAUCAACUUUCUGGUCAUCUAACUCAUCUGUUCGGGUCAUUCAAGCAGCUGAGAGCUCUAAUGCUUGGCAGAAACUCGUUAUCGGGCGUGAUUCCAAGCAAUAUAGGAAACUUAUCUUCCCUUCAGUCUUUAGACAUGUCUUAUAACAGAUUGAGUGGGACUCUCCCAGAGAGUGUUGGCCAACUUUUUAACUUGAAAGGUCUUCUCCUUCAUUUUAAUAUGCUGGAAGGAGUCGUGACUGAAGCCCACUUUGCCCGUCUCUCGAAACUCACAGUUUUAUCCGCCUCUGGAAAUCACUUGACUUUAAACAUAAGCAAACUUGACUGGAUUCCGCCUUUCAAACUAGAGACACUUCUGUUGGGUUUAUGGAGUUUGGGCUCAGACUCUCGGAUUUUCUCGUGGCUUGGGACACAACAGAACAGUAUUUUGGAACUCGAUUUAUCUUGUACCGGAAUCUCGAGCGAUGUCCCCAGCUGGCUCUGGAGUGUCAAAUAUCUCAACCUCUCAUAUAACCAGCUUCAUGGCAAGAUUCCGGUUAUAAGUGAUCCUAAGGUUGACGAUGUUAGUUAUGGCAGAUUCAUAUAUUUGAGUUCCAACAAUUUUAGCGGCCCAUUGCCUCGUGUGGGAAACAAAGUGUCAGAGCUUGAUCUCUCGAACAAUUCGUUUUCGGGAGGAAUAUCCCACUUCCUUUGUCAAACCUCAACUCAAUACUUAGCCAGAAUUCUCGAUCUCGGGGGAAAUCGUUUGAGUGGCGAAUUGCCGGAUUGUUGGAUGACUUGGCCAGUCUUGCAAGUGUUGAAUUUAGGCAAUAACAACUUCUCUGGAAGAAUACCAAACUCUAUUGGUUCUCUUGUCUACUUAGUGUCUUUGAAUCUAAACGACAACAAUCUUUCUGGCCAUAUACCGUUUUCAAUUGACAACUGCUCGAAAUUACUGAAGCUGGACUUUGCUCGUAACAAUCUUGAUGGUAACAUGGGAACAUGGACCUGGACAAGCUUGUCCGGAUUGAAGUAUCUCAUUUUACGCUCAAACAACUUCGAUGGAGAAUUGAAUCCAUCCAUUUGUCAACUCAACUCUCUUCAAAUUUUAGAUCUCUCAAACAACAGAUUCUCAGGGGUAAUUCCCAGCUGUGUAGACAGCUUUACUGCAAUGACUACAACACGAAGUCUUCCGGAAGGUAAAUUCGACUACGGAGCACCGGGAUAUUCCUUUUACUAUGGAGAAACAGGAUAUUCACUUCACCCGAGAGCAUUUAUAGAGAGUGCAUCGAUCAACAUUAAGGGCAACGAACUCCACUACGACACCAUUCUCCCAUUGGUCACUGGCAUCGACCUUUCCCGGAAUAAUUUUUCCGGCGAUAUCCCGAGUGAGAUAACGAGUCUGGUGGAAUUGAAAUCACUAAAUCUAUCGGGAAAUAAUUUCACAGGAAUUAUUCCAGACAACAUUGGAAACAUGAAGCAACUCGAAUCACUUGAUCUCUCGAGGAAUUUUCUGUCCGGUGAAAUUCCUAAUAGCUUCACACUUAUGACUUCUCUGGAGUAUGUGAACCUGUCUAGCAAUAACUUGAGUGGGAGAAUUCCUGAAAGCACACAACUCAGGGGCUUUAACGAGUCGAGCUUUGAUGGGAACAAUCUUUGUGGGCCGCCACUAACGCUUUCUUGCACUGAGGAAGGAGAAGUCGUUAGAGAAGCUGGUGAAGAACGUGAGAAGCGGGAGAUUGAGUGGUUUUACGUGUGCCUUAGCUUAGGAUAUGCAGUCGGACUUUCGCUUGUCGUCACUGCAUUCGUGUUGAAGAAAGCAAGGGAAGCGUAUUAUGGAUUUUUACAGGACACGUGGGAUAAUGUGUAUGUGUUUUUCUGUAUUAAGUGGAGGAGCCUUACAAGAGCCUUGGGCCAAGAUUAA